AGCUACUUCUGUUUUGCAUUUUCAGUUAUAUUUUGUCACGAAGAUUUGGAGUUUAUAGUUUUAAGGUGCUUCAAGUAUCAAUUUAAAUAUGAAACUUAUAUUUUUGUCAAUUUUAGUUUUAGCUUCUUUGAUCGGAUAUUCGCAAGCAGGUUCAAGUAGAUGUCCCAAGCCAAACAUGGUAUGGAGUGAUUGUGCAUCAGCUUGUGAACCAACGUGUGGCGAGCAGCCAGAAAUCUGCAUUUUGAUUUGUUUGCAAAAAUGUGUCUGUAUUGAUGGAUAUAUUUUGGAUGCAAAUGGAAAUUGUAUUUUACGCAGUGAAUGUCCUUAAUUUACACUCUUUUAAAACCAAAUAAAUAUUUUUUGAUGCUUAAUGCUUAGCUUCUUUGUAACUUAAUAAUGUCGUGACAAAACUUAAAUAAAUUCGU